CUAUCUCAUUUAUCGGGCAUAUCGAUAAAAAGAUCUCGAAAUUACGCUACCUGCCUACAUAUUCUAAAUAUUUAGCUGAAUUCAUACUAUAUUGACUCAACCUCGAUGAUCUACCAGAAUUCUAACUUUAAUUCCAAUUAAACAGAUUAAUUAUUAGGAAUCUCAUGCCCAGCGCCAGCUUAUUCCCUUUACACGAUGGAGACUUCUGAUACUCAGAAGGUUGACAAUUUAGAUUACUGCCUUAAAAAUCUCAUCGCAAUUGAUGCCACUCCCACCUCUACCGAACUAUUACACAAUAACAAUUUAUUGAAAUUAUCGUGUGAAAAUGCUCAGCUCUUGGUUAAUAAGAUUUUUGGAUUAAAUCGCACUACUACUUCAGAUGGAGUUUUUGCUGAACUUCCAUCUACUGAUGAGAUAGUCAUGCCCAGAGUAUUUCCACUCCCUAAACCCAGAGAGAAGACCAGAUGGGAGAUAUUCGCAGAGUUAAAGGGAAUUAAGAAGAGGAAAAGGUCUAGAAAGGUGUUUGAUCCUACGGUUAAUGACUGGGUACCUCGUUGGGGAUAUAAAUCAAUAAAGAAAAAUAAACUCAAUAAACCUCCAAUCAUGGAAGUUAAACCAGGUUCUGAUGAUAAUGUGCUUGACCUUGAAUCCGCUAAGAAAUCAGUAAUGAAAUCUAAACAGAAGCUAAGAGAGCUGAGAAAUAAGAUGGAGCAAAGUGCCAGAAAAGAUAAAUCGCAAUUAAAAAAAACACUUCAAAGAGUCAAGGAAUCGACAAAAGGCUGUGGAAAACAUGGAAAAUUGAAGGGGAAAACUAAGGUUUCAAUUAAGAGGAAACCAGUCACACAGUCACUUCAAUCCGAGAAGGAUUCAUACCUCUCAAGCAUUAAGAAAUUAAACCUGUAAAUGCACUCUUGUAAUAAUGUAUUAUAAAUUA